ACUAAGUAUGUUGUCUGGAAAUAACUCAAUUUUCAGCCGUGCAGAUUUAGAGAUGAUGCAGAAAGUCUCAGAAGCGACAAGUGUUGGUCAGGAAAAGAUAACACAGCAAGGAGACCACGAAUCUCUGUUCCGAGACAUACUGGCUGGCUAUGCAAAAUGGGAAUUCGACCCGUCGGACCUGAAAAAUCCUUUCCCUGAAAAUGAGGGCUCAGUUCACAUUUGGCAAGGCCUUGAAGACAAGAUCAUUCCUUAUAAACUAAACCGCUAUAUUGCAGAGAAGCUUCCCUGGAUUCGUUAUCAUGAAGUUCCUGAUUAUGGCCAUUUUCUUAUUUUUGAGAGUCAUCGAUGUGAAGCUGUUUUAAAAGCACUUUUGCUUGGAGAAUAAGCUCCUAUGUUGAUAGCAGGCCUAAUAUCUAUAGGUAUGUUGUUGAGUAAACUGUUGAUGUUUCUGGAGCAACAAUUUCUUGAAUGCUGCAAUGUGCUUCAUAUAUAUGUAGAAAAGUUCUUCUGUGUAAAGUCAUGGUUACAUCGCAAAAUAAAAAAUUUAUCAGCUUACUAA